AUGGGUGUUCGCGGACUUACGUCUUAUCUCGAAGAGUCAGCUCCAUUCCUUGGGAGACUGAUCGAGCUGCGAGACACAAAGCUUAUCAUAGACGGAGAUAACUUGUGUAACUACCUUUACAAAGAAAACGGCUUCGAUUGCCGAUGCGGAGGGCAGUAUGAGGAGUUUUAUAAGAAAGUACUACUGUUUUUCGACGCCCUAAAAUCUAAGGGUGUCGAAUCGUUCGUAGUUUUUGAUGGCGCAUAUGAUAGAAGUGAUAAGAAAUUAGAAACACAGGUAAAAAGAACACAAGACAGGGUCGACACGGCUUACCGGUUGUUCAAGAAUGAAACAUCGGCUAAUGGCGAUGAAUAUUUUCUACUUCCGCUUUUGGCGAAGUUUGUUUUCGUAGAAGUCCUGAGGGAUCACUUGAUAAAAUUUGCUGUUUCUGACUGGUAAGAUAUCAUCAAAUAGUUAAUUAGCUUGCACUUAUGUUAUAACACUGGCUAAGAAAUGUGGUCGUGUUCAAAUGCUUAGGAUAUGAAACGAAAGAUGGAGAAAUUUAUUUUUGGUUCCGUUUCUGUAAGUUUUCCCCUUCUUUAAACGCAAAAAACAUGCUAUGCCUGCAAGAGUUUUUUUCUUUGGGGUGGGUGGAUUACUUGAAACAUUGUAAGUGAUGUCUACAUUUUUACAAAAGGAAAGAAGAGUAUUAACGCGGAAAAGAACGAAAAUGUCGAAUUGACUCACAAACAGAUACUUUUUGUGGUAGAUUGUGUUGUGCGAAUAACUGUACCCAAAAAUAAACUGUAUUGGUGCCAUGGAUACCUAUUAGUACAAAAUGCAGAUCGGAAACAAAAUGUAGACUAGGUACAAAAUGUAGAAUGCAGACUGCAGAGUGGGUACAAAAAGCAGACUGGGAAUCUAUAGAGUUUUUUCGUCUGGUAUGUGGUAACAUGUCAUCUUACAACUUAGCGAGCGUCACGCAAUCGCGUUUCCGCGAUCAGCUUUCACGAUUAUUUGCACUAUUGCGGAAUAUUCCUAGCCCGUUUCUUGAUCAAAAUCGAUCUAAAUAUAAUUUCUAGCCUUCAUGUAGCCUUCUCACUUUGCGCGCGAGUUGGUUGGUGUGAUGUCUGUACAGAUUUUACCAACGUAAUAAAAGUAGCCGUAGAUGUAGAUGAGAUGUCACUAUUGAAUAUUUAACACGCGCAAUAUUCGACAGCCUUGCUGGUGGUCCGUAUCAUAAUUCUUUUUUUAAGCGGUAUGUGUUUAUUUUGUUGACAAAAAUGCAGACCGAGACCAAAACUGUUCCUUCGACUUGAUAUAUUUUCGACGUUAGUAAAUCACAAUAUAUUAACUUACCUCUAUAAAUCAUUCAUUCCAGAUAAGAAAAUUAAACAAACACGCUUACGAUGGUAUCUGAAUUCGUCCAUGACUAAACACAAACGACUCCGCAAGAUCACUUUCUCCAGGCAUCGGAAACAUACACAAAAUCGUCCACAGUUAAUUUUAAUCAGACAUUCAUCUUAAGAUAGCACUGAGCAAACCAAUCCAGAAAAAUAUAAUCGGCACACUCAACAAAUCAUGAAUCUUGCAACACAGCUUGCCGUUAAAGAACUGCUCAAAUCAAAAUGUUUCGUGCAAUUCAUCAACACCUCAAGCAAUAUUUGAUUCAAAAUUUUUUCACUCGCUCUCGUCUGGAAGGAACAAUAACCAUGAUCGUGCUACAGUGAACAGGACUCCAUUUUCUCUCGAACAACUAUCCACCAUUUUCACAGCAUGAGUAACUCGUUUACUAUAUGUAAUCUGAUAUCUUCCAUCUGCCCAGAAGGAUCGCACUUCUCAAAACGCGCGGUAAAAUACAUGUUAAAAACACAGAAAAGCCAACAUUGCUCAUUUUGAACACCUCUCAAACCAAAGAACAAAAUCGACGCUCUGAUUAAUGCGAGAUACAUACCCUAAUGCGGCGAUCUGAUUGGUGCGAAAUAUAUUCCCUAAACGAUCUGAUUGGUGCGAGCAACAUACCACUCUCUGUAGGCUAACGUAGAUGUUAUUUUUUUAAUUAUAAAAAAAAUUAUUCAAAAAUAAUUUUUUUUCGCCCAAAAGACGGCAGCUCAGGCCCGUUUAGGUUUUUUUUCUCUCUUACAGCUUGUACUAAUAAAUGUUCCGGUUUAUUUUUUUGUUUUCACUUUCGCACGUAAGCGAAAUUAAGACAACAUAAAUUUCAGAUAUUGUUAGCUUCUUAUUCAUCGAGCGGGAGAAUUGCACUGGGGAAGCCCAGAGGCUGCGGAAGUGCGAAUCAAGCGCAGCGAUUUGAUUGACUGAUCAGGUACUACCUGUGAAGAAAAUCAAAGGCAAGCGUGAUUGAAGAGAACAGGGUGUAAUAGUCACCAAAGUGUCAUUAAACGUUUUCGGAUCUCUUGAACAGCUAAUAGGAAAAAAUUUAUUCGAUUUAUAAUAUGUUUCAUAAUGCUAAGCGGGCUAUUCUCGUGGGGUUUAAAAAGAAAUUUCCUUUCUCUUUUUAAUUCUACAGUGAAGCGGAUCCUGACAUCGCAUCUUUAGCCAAGGAUUGGGCAUGUCCUGUUUUGAGCAAUGACAGCGAUUUCUUCAUCUUUGAUGUCAAGGGCGGCUUCAUCCCACUUUCCUCUUUUGAUGUUGAUCAGUUAACAACGCGUAUUUUCUACCGCAGUGACUUGGCAAGAUAUUUUGGAAUACGCGAGGAAUUUCUUCCUUUACUUGCUUCCUUACUUGGCAAUGAUUACGUGAGUUGGGAAGCGUUAAAACCCUUCAACCACACAAUUUGGACUCUUUUCAGUGAUGGUCGCAGAGGAAAGGCGGUGAGGUUUUCAGGUGUCGCAAGUUUGCUCUCCCAGCUCUCUAAUUCAAUCACAGAAACACAAGCAUUUGAGUUCGCUUUGGGAUUGAUAGAGCCGGGUGAAAGUAGGGAGCGGCUUGAGAAAGCUGUCGAGUAUUCCCUUCAAGAAUACGCAAUUACGAAGUCCAAUUUAUUGGAUUACCUCCGAGAUGGAGUAGUCUGCAGUCUUCUAAGAACCCAAAAUAAUCUCGAACUUGACGAAGAGGUAUUGCGUAGGUUUCGCGAAGGAAAGUUCUCUACUGACUGUAUGAGCAGCUUAACGGCGGGAAAAGUAUUUCUCAGAGUUCAGGUCGAGAAUCUUGAGAGCAGAUCAUCAAAUCAGUGUUCAAUGGCACUGAGACAGCUGAUGUAUGGCAUUUUGAGCGAUGGAGGAAGAAAAAUGAAGAGGAUCGAAGAAUGGGACCGAGAGGACUUUGCAGUCAAGUACACAGACAUUAAGCCUUACAAUGAUAAGGUCCCUUCGUUCAGUUCGAUACCAAAUAUGGAUCUUUACGGCAGAUUAACGAUGUUCUUGGAUGCGCUAGAUUCAGACUCAGCUUAUAUAAAGUCAUUACCAAAAGAAUUCGCGUUAGUCGCAUCAUCGCUCCGUUUUCUCCAUCGUAACUCGCAACCGCCACUGGAGAAUAGUCAUCUGCACGCUCUACUUUGUAGUUGUGUCAAACUAGAGGAUGGUUCGUGGAAACAAUACCUAGAACAUCCCACAAGAGCUUUAUCCCAACCCUUUGAUGAGAGAGCAGCGCAAAGCUUCUGUCAGUGGCAGUGUGUUUUGAGAGAUGCCAUUCACCUCAACUUUGUUUUGCUUGAGCCAGUGCAGACACCAUGUAUCCGCAAAGUUUUCAAUGGAAAACUGGUGCAUUGCCUCCAGAGGGAAUUGAAAACAGGUAAUAACAAGUUUAACACAUAUUUCUUCCUUUUAAAUCUUUUGUUUCGUUUGACGAAACGGUUAAAGCACCAGAAUAAACAAUAA